AUGGCAAAAUCCACAAAGGAGUCCAAGGCCCCCCAGGCCGAUUUAGACUCUUUGUAUGAGUUGGACACGGUUCAGCAGCCCCAAUUCGAAAAGGGCCAGUACCGUGAAUAUCUCUUGACUUCCACUCCAGAGUACAUCACCAAGGCCAGGACGGUUUCUGGUAAGGAAUACGCCUUGUUGGCUAUUUUGUUUGCCGCUGGUUUGUACGUUCGUUUGCAGAACUUGAGCCACCCUAACUCUGUUGUUUUUGACGAGGUCCACUUUGGUGGCUUCGCCAAAAAGUACAUCAACGGUGCUUUCUUCAUGGAUGUGCACCCUCCAUUGGCCAAGUUGCUCUUUGCAGCUGUUGGCUCUAUUGCCGGUUUCAAGGGUGACUUUGAUUUCGCUCACAUUGGUGACGUUUUCCCUGCUACCGUUCCUUACGUGUUGAUGAGAGCCUUCCCAGCUGUUUUGGGCUUGGGUACCGUGUUCCUCUGCUAUUUGACCUUGCGUUCGUCUGGUGUGCGUCCAAUUGUUGCUUUCACCACUGCUGGUGCUCUCUUGGUCGAGAACUCGUUCGUCACCAUCUCCAGAUACAUUUUGCUUGACUCUCCCCUCAUGUUCUUCAUCGCUGCCGCUAUCUACGCGUUCAAGAAGUUCGAGGUGCAGCAGGCUUUCACUUUCAACUACUUCCGCCUGCUUUUGCUGUGCUCGCUUGCCUUGGGUAUGGCUUUCAGCUCCAAGUGGGUCGGUUUGUUCACCAUCGCUUGGGUCGGUGUGUGCUGUGUGGGCCACAUGUGGUUCCUCAUUGGUGACUUGUCCGUCUCGCCCAAGGCUGUCUGGAAACACGCUGUUGCCCGUGCUUCUUUCUUGUUGGGUGUUCCAGUCAUUUUGUACUUGUUCGUGUUCAGCAUCCACUUCAACGUCUUGUCCAACGACGGUGACGGAUCUGCCUUCAUGACCAGCGGUUUCCGUGCCGGUUUGACUGGCUCUCUUGUCCCAAGACAGACCACCUCUCAGGUUGGUUACGGCUCGCUUAUCUCCAUUCGUCAUGUGAACACCAGAGGUGGAUACUUGCACUCUCACAACCACAUGUACCCAACCGGUUCCAAGCAGCAGCAGAUCACCUUAUACCCCCACUUGGACACCAACAACGAGUGGUUGAUUGAGCCAUACAACCGCUCUAUUCCAGACGAGUUUGUUCAGCUUAAGGACGGUGACAAGGUCAGAUUGGUCCAUGUCAAUUCCAAGAGAAGAUUGCACUCCCACGACGAGAAGCCUCCUGUCAGUGAGCGUGACUGGCAAAAGGAAGUGUCCUGUUACGGUUACGAGGGCUUUGGCGGCGACGCCAACGAUGACUGGAUUUUCGAGGUGGUCAAGCACAAGACCAAGGGUGUUGCCCAGAAGGAAAUCAGAGCCAUUGACACCAUCUUCAGAUUGAGACACGCCAUGACCGGCCACUACUUGUUCUCCAGUGAGGUUAAGUUGCCAAGCUGGGGUUUCGAGCAGCAGGAGGUUACUGCCGCUGGUCAGGGUGCUAGACCUUUGACCCACUGGUACAUCGAGACCAACAACGCCGACCAGAGAUUGCCUGCUGAGAAGAGAGAGGUUGCCAGAUAUAAGCCAUUGAGCUUCCUCGAGAAGUUCAUUGAGUCCCACAAGACCAUGUGGAAGAUCAACCAGGGUUUGACCUCUCACCACAACUGGCAAUCCAGCCCUCAGGACUGGCCAUUGUUGUUGCGUGGUAUCAACUACUGGGGCAAGAACCACACCCAGGUUUACUUCCUCGGUAACCCUCUUGUUUGGUGGUCUGCCUCUGCUGCUUUGGUUGCUUUCAUCAUCCACGUUGGUAUCUCCAUCUUGAAGUGGCAGACCGGCAAGCAGAUUGCACAGUCCAAGGAUGUGUUCCACUUCAACUACCAGAUGCUCAGUUACUUCCUUGGUUGGUUCAUCCACUACGCUCCGUUCUUCAUCAUGGGCAGACAGUUGUUCUUGCACCACUACUUGCCUUCGCAGUACUUUGCCAUUUUGGGUCUUGGUCACUUGUUCGAAUUGUUCGUGUCCAACUCCUUCUUGGGCAGAAAGGGUGCCAACUUGUUGGUUGCUUACUUGGGUGGUGCCGUCACCAUCUACUUGUACUUCUCGCCAUUGAUCUACGGUUCUCAGUGGACCAAGGGCCAGUGCAAGUCCACCAAGUGGGUUUCCUCUUGGGACUACGACUGUAACACUUUCCUUGAAAACUCCGCCCAGUACAGCUCGUUGAAGAGCUCCGUGGCUCAGAGCACUUUGUCCAACCCACUGACCGUUGUGGUCAAUGAGGCCAAGGAGACUCCAAGAGCCGUCAAGCAGGAGGCACAGAAGGAACAGCACGAGCUGCUGGCCGAGACUUUCGAGGCUCCACCUCCACCAGAGACUCACAAGGGCCCAUUGCCAGACUUCUUGAGAGAAGACGAGGAGGCUCCUGUGGGUGAGUUGGCUGAUGAGGCCACUGAGAACAAGGGCAAGCCACAAGCUGUUCCUGAGGACCCUGCUCCAUCUGAAGGUGACGAGAGCGGCGUUGUGGCUGAGGAUGCUGUUGUUGAGAAUGUUGUUGUGGAGGAGGCUGUGGCAAAUUAA